AUGGGUGAGAUACGAAGUGUUUUGUUUGUCUGUUUGGGAAAUAUAUGCCGAUCUCCGAUGGCUGAGGCAGUAUUUAUAGAAGCAGCUAAACAAAAAGGUGUAGCUAACAAAUGGCAUGCGGAAAGUGCUGGUACUGCAGGAUACCAUGUUGGCUGUUCACCAGAUGAACGGACAAUUAGUGUAUUAAGGAAGAACGGUAUACAGUUUGAACAUUCAGCAAAACAAUUGGUAAAAGAAGAUUUUUAUACAUUUAAUUUUAUUUUUGGAAUGGAUAAAAGUAAUAUGGAUAAUAUCAACCGCAUAAAACCAAAAGAUUCAAAAGCACAAGUACUGCUGUUAGGAUCAUUUGAUCCAGAAGGUGAUACCAUCAUAAGAGAUCCAUAUUACGACAACGACAAUCGAGGAUUUGAAAAAUGUUUUCAGCAAUGUAUGAGAUCGUGUAAAUCAUUUUUAGAUAAAAAUAAAUAA